AUGGAAACUUCAUCUUUGUUGUCAUCCUUACAUGAUGAAUGCAGAUCAGACAACUAUAUUGAACCUCAUUACAAGGAAUGGUAUCGAGUAGCUAUUGAUGCUCUAAUUGAAGGAGGUUUAGAAGCCUACAAAGAAUUUCUUUCCAAAGAGAGAUGCUCAGAGUUCCUAGCGGAUGGGGAAAUUGAUUAUAUUUUGAACAAUGUCCACAAACUUCCCCAAAACACAAUUUAUUCCUCUAACCAUGCCAUUGAUGACACCUCUUCCUCGGGAACCUACUGGCCCAUUGAAUCAGAUGUGGAAGCUCCAAAUCUUGACUUAGGUUGGCCCUACCUGAUGCCUGGAAUUUCUGGUGGCACGAAUAUUGAUCUGCUUUUUCAUCCACCACGAGCACAACCUUACACCAUAAAGGAAACUGUUCGGAAGAUGAUACGAGAUGCAAGAAAGGUCAUUGCCAUCGUUAUGGAUAUGUUUACAGAUGUGGAUAUCUUUAGAGAAAUUGUGGAGGCAUCUGCUAGAGGGAUUGCAGUGUAUCUCCUGCUUGAUGAGUCAAACUUCAGUCACUUUCUGAAAAUGACAGAGAAACAAGGCUGUCAAGUUCAGAGGCUCAGGAACAUGAGGGUGCGGACAGUAAAAGGACAAGAUUACUAUUCUAAAACAGGAGCAAAAUUCCAUGGAAAAAUGGAACAAAAAUUUAUUCUUGUUGACUGUAAGAAAGUCAUAUAUGGUUCUUACAGCUUUAUGUGGUCAUUUGAAAAAACCAACCUCAGUAUGGUUCAAGUUAUCACAGGACAGCUGGUUGAAUCUUUUGAUGAAGAGUUCAGGACACUGUAUGCCCGUUCUUCUGUUCCUAGUUCCUUUGCCCCAGAAUUAGUGCGGGUGAACAGUCGCAGGACACUCUGGGAUAACGACACGUACCAGCACUCGGUGUCUUCCUUGGCCUCAGUUUCUAGCCAAAGAAACCUUUUUGGUAGGCAAGACAAGGUUCACAAGAUAGAUCCUAUUUGUUGGAAAACUCGUGGAAGAUACGCAGUGAACGAAAUAGAUAAAUACGUGUUGAGAAAUCAAGCCUAUAAUAAACAACCAUUUCAUCCGGGUUUUAAUAUGCAAAAUGCCAUCCAGCAGUAUCAACCUAGUGAAAAAAAUGAGCACUGGAAGAGACAUAGUUAUGCUGGGGAGAAGCCAGAAAGGACACCUUACCUGUUGCUCAACAGAGCUAUUAAUAGAGCCAACAAUCCAUCAAAUGCUUGGAAAAUGCCAUCUGAUAGCCUUAGCAUUGUUUCUUCGUUACGAGGAGGGUAUGCAAAUAACUACAAUACACCCCAGCAGAGUUUUGCUGAUCAGUUUUCACGACCAAAGGUAAAUCUUGCGGAAAGAAAUUCAAUUGUACGGAGGUCUUUUAAUGGGACAGAUAAUCAUAUCCGUCAUCUGCAGCAAAGGAUGCCCACCCUCGAACACACAACGAAAUCAUUCCUCCGUAACUGGCGAAUUAAGUCAUAUUUGAACGAUCAAUCGGAUUAUCCAGUGGAGUCUAACGGGUCAGCCUUGGGUGACAGAUACGAUAGCUAUGACACAGCUGAAAAUAUUAAAGCUCAUGCGCUGUAUUCUCAUUCUCGCUUGCGAUCGUCAUUGGUGUUUCAGCCAACUCUACCUGAACAGCAGGAAGUAAGCAGCUGUGCAAGUUCUUCAAAUUCAACUAUAAUUGGGUCGGAGGGAAGUGCAACACCUAAAGGGACGUCUAAUCAUGCUCCAAGUGUGGAAAACGGAACAGAUAAUACUGUAGAAGAGACUAGCACCAAUGUCCCACUUAAAGCAGAUGCACCAAAAAACCACAGAAUUCAUAUUGCAGACAACACAAAACCUAUUGUAAAUUCAAAUGCAACAGGUGACUCAUCUCCCUACUUGUACACAACACUGUGUGCAGACAAACACACAGAAAAUCUGAAGAAUCUUCAAAAUGAAAAUAUACUAAAAAGGAGAAGUUUUCCCAUGUUUAAUUCAAAGUCUAUUUUAGACCCUGGUGCCAACAAACAUGCAUCCAGUUAUGUUUACAGCACAUUGACUAGGCAUAGACUUAAGCAGCCAGUUAGUCCAAAACUUCCAGAAGACACACUGAAGACCUCUAAAAGUUUGCACAGUGUGACCAACCACUUGCCACAGGAGGAAAAGAACCUCAAAGGAGAGCUAAAGAGCCCGACUGCUAGCAAGGCAAUCUCUAUGGCUGCUCUCACUGAAUCGAGCAAAGAGGAGUCUUGUAAGGAUUGCACAUCUAAGAAAGAAAGUAAGAGUUCCCCGAGUUUUCUAAAGAAAGGAUCCCAGAAAUUGCGGUCACUUCUUAAUCUCACACCAGACAAGAAGGAAAACUUGUCAAAAAACAAAGGUACUGCCUUUUACAGAAUGUGUAGUAGUUCUGAUACAUUGGUUUCUGAAGAAGAGAAUCAAAAGCCAAAGAUUUCUGAGAAUAAGACAGAUUCUUCCCCAAGGAGAAAGAGAAACACAUCGUCAAAUUCUCAAGGUAGCUUAAACAGAAGUAAAGAAGAUGUCACCGGGAGCCCAAAAAAGUCUCCAAAGUCUCCAAAGUCACCAAAACCUCCAUCUGAUGAAAGCAAUAAAAAGUGUCCUCUUUUGUGCCCCCUUGAAAGUAAAUUCAUAGAAACUGCAGGAGAUGCGUCUACCCCAAGAUUUAAUACAGAACAGAUUCAGUAUCAAGACGUAAAGGAAAUCACCACAAACACUACUCCCGAAAGUGCCCCUGUUUCUGCUCUUCAAAGAGCAAGUUCAAUGACACCACAGUUGGCAAGCUCAAAACGCCAAGAGGAGCUAAGAUCUCGUUUGAGUGAAAGGCGUGUUUAUAGUCGCUUUGAGCCAUUCUGUAAGAUUGAAAAUGCUGGCCAACCUGCAGGAAAUGCACCCAACAGCAGUUCACAUCUCUCAGAUAUCAAAAGCAAGACCUUAGGGAAUAAUUAUGGUAGGAGUAAUCACAUGGUCGGCUACAACUCAACUGCUUACCAUCCAUUGCAGCCUAAUGAAAAUAAGCUGAGAGGUUUUAUGCAAAAGUUUGGGAACUUCCUACACAAAAACAAGUAAAACUUUUGUUGAUGAUGUUGAAAUACAGCAAGAGUAGUAAAGCUGGACAUAAUCUUAACUGGACAAGACUGACGGGCAACUUUUGUAGAGCUUACUUGGGUUUCUUCUGGGGUCUAGGACAUUGAAACGAAUGUACAUACUUUUUCAUAAUUAUCCUAGAAUUGUUAUACUGAAGUCUUUACAGAGAUUCUGUGUCCAGAAGAUGUCUCAAGGGAGUUGUUUAUAGUGUUUAUAUUGUAAGAUUAAUUUUAUACAUUUUCCUUGUGAAGAAAGUAUAUACUAGCGUAUUGUAAGAUUAAAUGUAGGCGAAAAAAGAUGGAGGAUGUUUUUAAACUUCAAAUGAUAAUGCUUCCAAAGAUUUUCCCUUUAAAAAUAGGAUAGCACUAGGAAUAGUGGCUUGCAUUUUUUUCAGCUUUUAUGUACAU